GGUAGGCUGUCUCGUCUCGCCGUGUCUCGUCCCGUCUCGCGAGACUCUCGCUCUGCAACGUCACCGGGUGUCACUCGUUCACUCACGGCUGUAGCGCGGGAUUUGACGUCUGCUGAAGGAUAGAGUUGAUACGUUGCCGGGGUCACAGGUCACGCUACUAAUUCACACUAACUAUGGCUGACCAGCUAACAGAGGAACAGAUAGCAGAGUUUAAAGAAGCCUUCAGUCUGUUCGACAAGGAUGGUGACGGCACAAUAACGACCAAAGAGCUUGGCACCGUCAUGAGGUCCCUGGGCCAGAACCCUACAGAGUCGGAGCUACAGGACAUGAUCAACGAGGUGGAUGCUGACGGUAACGGCACCAUCGACUUCCCAGAGUUCCUGACAAUGAUGGCCAGAAAGAUGAAAGACACAGACUCGGAGGAGGAGAUUCGGGAGGCUUUCAGGGUGUUUGACAAAGACGGCAAUGGCUUCAUCUCGGCUGCCGAACUGAGGCACGUGAUGACAAAUUUAGGAGAGAAGUUGACCGACGAGGAGGUAGAUGAGAUGAUAAGGGAGGCUGAUGUUGAUGGAGAUGGUCAAGUCAAUUAUGAAGAGUUCGUUACUAUGAUGUUAGGCAAAACUAGCGGCUGAUGUCACUGAUGUUCAUCAUAUGCUGGAGUGAUGUCUGGGAUGUUCAUCAUAUGCUGGAGUGAUGUGGGGAUGUUCAUCAUAUGCUGGAGUGAUCAGUUUGGUUGUAUAUGUAGAUCUAAUUAGUUGUUCUCAUUAACACAUUUGUACAUUGUUUUCUGAGCUCCAAUAUAUUUUUAAUUCAUGAA